GGAAGGCUCGAACAGGAAAAAAAUGUCUUCUUCUGCCGGAGAAGUCACAACAGCGAAUGACAUCAAGAGGGAAAAUGUGAAGGAGCUGGAUGAGCGGGAGUGCAUCAAGUUUGUGGCGCUGGACGCGGCGGAGUUGUCCAUGGAGCGCACGGCUCCCAACGCUGACGCGGUGCGCACGGAGCUGCUGGUGAGCGCCGCGUCCUCCCUGGCUUUCUCCCCGGAGCAAGUGGCGUGCGUGUGCGAGGCUCUGCAGCAGGGAGGCAAUGUGGACCGGUUGGCCAGGUUCCUGUGGUCCCUGCCACAGAGCGACCUGCUCCGCGGCAACGAAAGCAUCCUGAAGGCGCAAGCGCUCGUCGCUUACCACCAGGCGCGGUACCAGGAGCUGUACAGUAUCCUGGAGAACCACAGCUUCAGCACGUCCAACCACACCUUUCUGCAGGAGCUGUGGUACAAGGCCCGGUACACCGAGGCGGAGAAGGCGCGGGGGAGACCCCUUGGCGCCGUGGACAAGUACCGGAUCCGGAGAAAGUACCCUCUCCCCAGGACUAUCUGGGACGGCGAGGAGACGGUGUAUUGUUUCAAGGAGAGGUCUCGGAACGCGCUGAAGGAUCUGUACACUCAGAAUAGGUACCCCUCUCCUGCCGAGAAGCGAAACCUCGCCAAGAUCACAGGACUCUCCUUGACCCAGGUCAGCAACUGGUUCAAAAACCGGAGGCAGAGAGACAGAAACCCGUCCGAGGCUCAGUCCAAGAGUGAAUCUGAUGGAAACCACAGCACAGAGGAUGAGUCUAGUAAAGGCCAGGAUGAGAUGUCACCCCGGCCCCUCUCCAACUCCUCAGAUGGGGUCAUCCACCAUGGGAUUCAAACAGGGCAUCUGGACGGUGGGGUGGUCAUCCAGCAGAUCGGGGACAUCAAGAUGCCCCCCGGAUCCAGCAGUGGCGGCCUCUACAAUGGAAGUCUAGUGACCAGUAACACCUCAUCUUCCGUCUUCCACAAUGGCGGCUCGUCUUACCUCCACACACCCGGAAACAUCCUCUUCAACGGGCUCAACUUGGGCAUACAGCCCCUGGCCUUCAACCCUCUGAGGCCGUCAGGAGGGGUGCUGCUGGGGAGCUCUGGGGUGGACAUGCAGAUGCACACAGGGCAGGAGAAGGGACUGGGCAGUUCUGCAGAGGACUCCAACCUGCACUACGCCUCCUACUCCGGAUGUGUGAAUGGAGCCGACGUGAAGCUGGAGGGGGCUCACUCCAUGGCCGCCCAGAACGGGGGCUCCUCCGUGCUGACGUUCAGCUCCUCGUCAGGUGCGCUGCAGCUGGGCGGCUACAGUCUGGUGCACGUACCGAGCGGAGUGUCUGACAGUGACGGCAGCUCAUUACUCAACAGUGAUGUGGGUCUUUCUCCCCUGCAGCUCUCCUCAGCCUCCUCGGCCUCAACAAUCCCACAACAAGGAACCAUACCUCUGGACAACGUAGCAGUGAGUUCCUCCAGCGACGACUCGUUCCAGCAGCAGGACAAGAUGACCAUGUCGUCUCUGCACCACAGCACUGUCCUCUACAGCAUGAGCAACGCCGGCCAGACGUCCAUCAAGAAGGAGCCUUUGGAGGGAGGCGUCUACUCCUCCUACCACCAUGGGCUUCACCUGGACCACAGUGGUCAGAUCAGCUACACCACCCCCAACUCUGAAGAGGCUCCCUCCAGCCAGGGUUCCACCCGAACCAACGGCGUCCCCACUAUCACCUCGUCCAGCCCCGAACCGGAGGUCUACACCACCCUCACCAUCAGCACGCCCCUGAUGGCCCACACGGACACGGGAAGCCACCACCUCCAACCGACAGAGUACCUAGGGGUCCACGAGAUCCGGGGGCAUCCACCCUCGCACCUGAUGGGCCCCGGCAUGAACAGCAACUACAUGAACCUGUCGGAAAACAAGGUGGACGGCUCAGGAGGCAUGAAUGAGAUGGUGCGGGCGAUGUGCGGGGAGAUGGAGGCUGUGGAAGGGAAGGAGCUGGCCAAACUACAGACAGUGCAGAUGGACGAGGACAUGGCCGACCUUUAACCUCAAAUCAAUCUCCCGCAGAAGCACUCGUGUCCCCCCCCCCCCAAGCAGAGAUAUGGUGAAUCUUUUAACCCUUGUGUGAGCGUGUGGUUGUUUUUUUACUAUUCAUUUCUUUAAAUGUUAAAUUAUUUGUGUUCAUUUGACUUUUACAAUGCACUCUACAGUCAGAGGGGACGCCCCGUGGGUGGGCACUGUCAGUUUAUCGGAAAAAUAAGAAAAGUCUAUGACACGUUUUAUAAGCCCUGUUAGGAAGAAGAAACAUUGCGGCUGAUUGUGCAAACAGGAGAAGCCGCUCUCUGUGUGUGAGAGCCGUGUUUUAAAUGUGCAUUUUUAUAGACAACACCUGCUACUUCCUGUUGAGUGGAUGUGAUCCGCCGGAGCAGGUGCUGGAAUGCUUCGAGUCACAUGACCAGGAUGUUCCUCCAAACUAAAUGCGUCAUCCGGCUCAAACCAAAAAGGUCAUUCGGCCGGGGGAAGAGGGAGAGAGCCUCUGUGAAAAUGAUCAGCUGAAGAGCAACAGCUUUUACUGAAGGACUGCACACACACACACACACACACACACACACACACACACACACACACACACACACACACACACACACACACACAUAUAGAAUAAUAG